GAUAAAAUGAUCAAAAAACUGCUACAGCCAUGCGUGUUACUGGUAUUUGCAUUAGUAUUAGUCGAGAAUAGAGUGAUUGUUACCAGAAGUACAGAUAAUUCAGUCAGGGGCUAUUUAACGGAAAGAAUUUGCUGGUGGAACGAAGUCUGUAAAGAAGAGUUUCAGAGCCAGUUCAGAUGCAAAUGCCCAGAAUGGUCGUUUUGCAGAGCACCAGGCAGGUACUACAACGCGUUCUGUUCAAUGACUGCCACUGGUUACAUUUGGAACCAACCAGGACUUAGAGGGCUAUAAACUUAACAAACUUGUACA